AUGGGGAAUAAAGUGGUCACAUUCACAGAAGACCAGUUCAACGCUUAUCAGGACUGCACAUACUUCACAAAAAAGGAUAUCCUUAGAAUAUUCCAGCGCUUUCAUAAGUUGAAUCCCAAUGUAAUUCCUGUGGAAAUGUCAGAGGUCAUUGCUAGCACUUUAAAAGUUUCAACCUGUUUUUUGGAAGAGAUGCCAGAAUUCAAGGCGAAUCCAUUUAAUAAAAGAAUCUUUCGGGUAUUUUCUUCUGAUGGAUCUUCACAUCUGACCUUCAAUGAAUUUCUUGAUAUGUUCUCCGUAUUCUCUGAUGCAGCUCCUCGGGAACUAAAAAUUUCAUAUGCAUUUAAAAUAUAUGAUUUUGAUGAAGACAAAGAGCUUGGUCGAAAUGAUUUGCAUAAAACAUUGAGAUGUUUGAGUCGGAAUGAACUGACUGAGGAGGAAAUGUCUUUUGUUGUGAAUAAAGUGCUGGAAGAAGGUGAUUUGGAUGACAAAGGAAGCUUAUCCUAUAUGGAAUUUGAACACAUUAUUUCUCGUGAUCCAGACUUUCUCAGUAUGUUUCAUAUCCGAAUUUGA